ACAAUUUACAGCGAUGUAAUCGCAAAGCAUAUUGUCAAUUUAAAUACCUUAAAAAAAUUGAUUUUUGUUCUUCAUGCAGAAGCAACUAAUUGUGAUUUCAGUGCUGAUAUAUUUUUGAUUUUGUUUAUUCAUUGAUUUCUUUGCUUGUAACAUUCAAAAGCUCAAAUAUGAGUGAAAAAAAUUUAACAAGCGAUAAUUUCCUGCAAAAACAAUACUUUUUUGACGAAUUUGAAAAGGAUAUUCAAAGUGUCUUUGAUGAAAUAAGUGAAACAGAAAACCUCAACACAAUUCAUGUAAAAUCAAUGAUUAAAAAGGGCAGUAUUUUUAUGAGAGGAGAUUUUCUUUUACCCCUUCAAAGCUCUCAUGCCUCUAAAUUUUUUAAUUUCAAACAUGUUUUAUUUGAAAAAUUAAAAAAAAAUUCUUUUGUGAAAGAUAUUGAAUAUGCUGAGAAUGGAAAUUUAAUAUUUUUCCUUAACAGACCUAUUGUUUACAAAGUUAUUCUUCAGCAAGUUCUUGAUUGUGGAAAAAAAUAUGGAAUGGAAAACUGGAAUAAGUCUGCUCUUGUUUAUGUACAUGAUCUUGAACUUAAUGAGUUUGAUCUAUUGAGAACUGACUUGAUUGUUAACCAUUUGUCAUCUUUAUUUGUUUCUAAUAACAUUAAAACAUAUUAUAAUAGGUUUGCUGACAAUAUAAAGCCUCAGAACUUGGGUGAAACAUCUAAAAUAAUUUUAUGUUCAGAAAAUUGCUCAGAGUACCAGUUACGGGAGGAAUUAAAAACAAAAGCACAAAGUUCUGAGUUUAGGACGAUAGAUUGUGACAAAAAAGGUAAUGCAUGUUUAGACGGAAAGAAAUAUGUGGAAAAUAACGACCUGAUAUUUAAGUAUGGAAAAGGAAUAAAAAAUAUUUCAGUUGAAGAAACCAAAGAAUCAAAUGCAUUCUCUCGGGCAGCGUCUCUUAAGCAUUUAGUUGAGGAACACUUAUCAGUUGUUCCAGAUUGUGUGGUGCAUGUUUCAAAUCACAAAAAAGAAUUUUCUACUCUAGAAGCAGGUCUUUUAUACGAAAUGUUAGAGAUGCCAUCUUUCACACAGUCAUAUUUUAUUAUUCAAAGUACAAAUAUUCAAGAUUCUGAAGCACAUGUUGCAGAUUUCAUUAACGAUCGGAAAAAAGAGAUUUCUGCUGCUAUGGUACAUAAAUAUGAAUCUGAUAUCAUGCGUGAUAAAGAAUGGAUUUCCCGCAUUGACACUUUGUUAGAUUCAGCUAUAAAAUUUGAAUUCUUGAAAAUAAAUAUGAAUAUGCCUUUAAAGCUGGAUGUUUUGAGAAGUAACCCAGAAAAAAAUAUUGGCAUAUUUGUUCAAUAUAAUUUUGCUCGUCUUUCUAAUUUGUUUCAAAAUUUUCAGUUGAAAGUGGGAGAAGGAUAUUACGAACCUUUACCCCAUUUAGCUGAUAUAGAUUUCGCUCUACUAAGACUUGAAGAAGAAUGGAAUUUGUUUAGUUAUGUGUUAUCUUUUCCAAAAACAAUACGAGGACUUUUAGAAUCUUUUUUUUGUGAUUCUAAAUCUAAAACUCAUUUUCCAGUAAAUCGCAUAUGUAUCAUGUUGUCUGGUUUGUGCCAUGACCUUAGUUUAUACUACAGUAGAAUUCGAAUACUUGGUGCACCACAGCCACAAGUUCAGAAAGUAAUGCAAGCAAGGUUAUGGUUACUGAAAGGUAUUCAUCAAGUUUUAGCAAAUGCAUUUACUUUAUUAAACAUAGAUGGAUUAGAUGUAAUGUAA